AAUACAGAGCUCUACUGAAAAAAAACCAUUCUUCUCACACUGACAUGACUGAGUUUCUGUUUGCAGUCCUCUCAGAUACUCCAGUAAAACAGUCAGAAUAAAGUGAUCUGAUCAGCUGCUGAUCCUGAAUGUCUUGUUUAAUGAGUGUUUAUAGUCUGAGACUCAUCAAUAUUAUCAGCUGAUCAAAAUCCUCUUUAUUUCAUGAUAAUAGAUCCUGUUUUCACAUUAUUCAUGAUCUCCUGUAAAUUGCAGGUUAAAGUUCAUUUCAUUCUUAUCAAAGACUUAAAACAUACAGACACUAUUGUGAUAUCUACAAGACACAGAUGUCCUAACAGCCUUUAUUUCAUUAGUCUGUGUUAAACUGUUGACUGAAAACCAAAAGAAAGGUAAAAACUAAUGAACAGAACUUUAAACUCAAAUGUAAGGGAUUAUGGAAACAAUGAUCUUUUUAAGUUGCAUAACUGUACUUCUGUUUCCUCUUUUGAUUUUAUUCUUACAAUUGUAAUAUUUGCAAAUAUUCAAUGUAAAAAUCUAAAACAAACAGAGAUGCAUGUGUGAAUUUGUAUUCAGAUAUUUUACUAUAAAUAGUAGGUAAAUGUAAAUGCUUUAUGUAAAUUUGUAGAAAAUCUAACUCAAACGUUUGCUGGUCUGCUCCUCACUUAGUGAAGCUCCUCCCACAACAGGAUCACCUUCAGUGAAGCUCCUCCCACAACAAUCACACCUUUAAAAAAGCAUCAGGAAGAAGUGAAAUCUGCAGAGACAGAGUUUAUUGAAGAACAGAGAGAACAUGAGAGAUCUAGAACCCUGCAGAACCAAACACACUGAAGAACAAACAGAUCUAAUGGAGGAGAAAAAGCAUCAUGUCGAAACUGGAGAAGAAAUUCUCUCACAGACUGAAAGUAUUUCUUUACUGAAAAGAAGAGGCAAGAAAGGUUUUGCCUGCACUCAGUGUGGAAAGAGUUUCACAUACAAACAGAGUCUCAAAAGACACAUGAACAUCCACACUGGAGAGAAACCAUACAGAUGUGAUCAGUGCGGGAAGAGUUUCACUCAAUCGUCAAACCUUAAGAUGCACAUGAACAUCCACACUGAAGAGAAACUGCAUGAAUGUGAUCAAUGCGGAAAAACAUUUGCAUGGGCUUCAAGCUGGAUUAAUCACCUGAAAGUUCAUUCAAAUGAGAAACCACAUUCAUGUUCUUUGUGUGGAAAGAGUUUUUCACAUCUGCAGAGUUUAAAACUACAUCAGAAGAUACACGCUGGUAUAAAAGAUUAUAUGUGUUUUGAGUGUGAGAAGACUUUUAUUACAGAUAAAGAUUUGAAACGGCACGAGAGGAUCCACACUGGAGAGAAACCUUACAAGUGUUCACACUGUGAGAAGAGAUUCAGUCGGUCAACACAUCAGAAAUCACACGAGAGGAUUCACACUGGAAGGAAACUGUAUCACUGCACUACAUGUGGGCAGAGUUUCAGUCAUACGUCUUCUUUACGGAGACAUACAAUAAAGAAUCACAUUAAGUAGCUUAUCUCCAGGUCAGGUCCAGCGUUUUUAAGUGCUACACUGCAUCUCUUCUGUAGCAAUUGAUGUAAAUUAUAUUAUAAUGUUUUAUUAGCUUCAUUUUAUUUUCAAAAUGAUCUUCAAAUGCUUGUAGAUGGUUUUUACAGGUUCAAAAUGUUCCUGUGCACAGAGCUGAAAAAUAGGCUUAUUUAUUUUUAAUUAAAUCUUCACCGUUGUUUUAUUCCAACUGUUUUACAAAGUUGUUUCUCAAAAUACAGGUGUGAGAUUCUGUCUUGUAGGUUUACAUCUGAUCCAUCUUCACUUUUGUUCACUUGAGAUGCUAUCUUGUUAGUCAAUGAAGAGAGAAAUACGUCUUUUACUUUACAAAAUGUUUUAUUUCAAGGAUCAAACUUUUGUUGUCUGCUGAUUUUUCUUGCAUCACGAAUGAAUAAUUUAAUAAUUCUAGUUACAUCUAAAAGCCAUGAAAUUGCUUUUGGGGCUUAAUUGCGUUUCUCGAUAAAGCUUUUUAAACUACUUAAUAAACUAUAUUCUCUCUCACACCUGACUAUCUUUCUAUCAGUAACUGUUUUAACAUUAUUGUAGUUUGAUACGUUGUGUUACAGAUGUUUUUGUUAGGCUACAGAGUUUCGUAGUUUUAAACAGAUUUUGGCGCGUUUAUGAUCUAUGAUCUAACGUUGGUUUCGCCUCGCGGUGAUGACGUCAUCCGUCGCGCACGGAUAGUGUGGAGUUUCUGAUGUGAAGAGUUCGCGCCUUUUCACGUAAUUGUGAAAUAUACGUUUCUUAUUU